AUAGACUAAAGAGGUAAACCAAAACCAAAACCAAAACCAAAACCCUUCUUUGCUCAACCAACGCUGAACUUCUUAAACCCUUAAAACUUACAAUGGCCGCAUAACUCAACAACUGAUUCAUUUAGGCCAAAAACAACCCAGAAAACACAAUAAGAGGAGAGAGAAAAAAAAGAGAGAGAAGGGUUCAGAAUCAGAGACAAUAAAAUGGCGGCAAGUUCCAUAGCUACACAAUUACGAGCUCUACAGUCGUUAGUAAAAACUGAUAGAGAUGUACCCAAAAGACCAAUUACUCGACCCUCCGUUUUAUAUGAUCCUAGAGAGGCUGCUGACCUUGAUAUUGAUACUAUCCUCAGUAUUGCUCUUUCUGGUUUGGAAGUUCUAGUAAACAUUGAUGAGCGAUUCAGAAACCACAAGCAUGAUCUGUUUAGUCAUAAAAGCAGAGAAUUGGAUAGGGAAUUGAUGAGCAUUGAAGAAAAUAAUCGCAUAAAUGCAUCAAUCAGUUCUUAUUUACGCUUGCUCUCUGGACAUCUUCAAUCACCUUCUGCAUUUAAGACACUUGAAUACUUGAUUCGUCGAUAUAAGAUUCAUGUGUAUAAUGUGGAGGAGUUAAUUUUGUGUGCGCUACCAUAUCACGACACUCAUGCCUUUGUUCGCAUAGUGCAAUUAAUUGACUUUGGAAAUACCCUUUGGAAAUUCCUUGAUGGGGUGAAAGAAUCUGGUGCACCACCUCCCAGAGAGGUUAUUGUCCAGCAAUGCAUACGUGACAUGGGUGUUCUUGAGGUCAUAUGCACGUAUGCGACUCCUACAAAGAAGCAUCGGCCUGCCACACCUGUGAUUAGCUUUUGCACAGCAGUUGUGGUUGAGGUUUUGGGCUCGUUGGCAACUGUUGAUAGUGAUAUUGUGAAGAGAAUUCUUCCCUUUUUGAAUUCUGGUCUGCAGUCAGGUGGUUCAGGGUCUUCAGACUAUAAAGCUGGCACUUUGAUGAUAGUUGGUUUAUUAGCAAACAGAGUAUCGCUAUCUCCCAAACUGGUUAACAUCUUAGUCAGAUCUGUGGCUGAGUUGGCUCAAGCAGAUGCACAAGCCUCAGCAGAUUUGCAGUGGGUUCAGUUGUCAAUUAUGGCUUUAAUCAACAUUGUGCAGUUGCAGUCUGUUGAAACACUCCCUAAGAAGGCGCUAGACAACCUGAAAAAAAUUAGAGAUCUCCCUGGGAUUCUUUUACAAAUGACCACAAGGUUUAAUAUUGACGGCUUUCUUAUUGUGCUUUUGGAGUCCCUUGUUGACUUCAGUAGUUCUGACGGUCAAUGCAAGCUUGCUGUGCUAUCAAUUGUUGAGACCGUUACUAUGAAAAGCCUUGUUCGACGUUUAGUUUUCAGGCUUCUUUCGUCAUGUUUGCGACUGUCACAGAAUGCUGAUGCCUCAGAUUUGUCAGAAUCGGGGAGCUGGGCUAAGCAAAUUUUGCUGCUUCUCAAUAAGAAGUACCCUGAUGAACUACGGUCUUCUGUACAUGACUUUUUGAAUGACAAAAAAGUGCAGCUGAAGGGUCAAGAUUCAGUGAUUGAGGCCCUGUGCAGGAUGCUGGAUGGAAACAUGACGUCAUCUGUAGCCAUUACAGAUUCAAAGAUUUGGUUUGGGCUAGAACAUCCGAAGGCUGGAAUCAGACGGGAUACACUCAUUAAUCUUGACCUGUCCACCUUUUUGAAUGGUGGGGUUACGUCAGAAAGGCUUGUUACUGUGCAGGAUGCAGUUGUUCAUUGCCUCUCUGAUGAGGAUUUGAGUGUUGUUCAUGCAGCUCUUUGUAUUGAUAAAUUGUCCGAGCUUGUGGACCCUGCUCGUCUCCUGGAGAUAGUUCAUGAUUUGCUUCAGAAAUGUACUCAGAGUCUCUGGGCGGGUGAAUCAAAGGAUCUUUCUCUAGCUACCGAGGUUGCUAUAUCAUGCCUGGAGCACGCGGUAUCUAUCUCAAAAUGCAGAAUUGAUUUUGUGGAGCGAGUUGCGACAAUGAUAUUCCCUUUCAUCUUUGUUUUUCCGACAACAAAAAAGCUGAAUUUGAAGGCCCAGAAAUUGGCUAAGGAAAUUAAGUGGCCUUUCUACAGGGAGCUAUCUGAUGUUAAAAGGUAUAUUAGUUCGAAAUCGGGAGAGGAGUGGGUUUCUGCUGUCAAUAUGCCAACUGUUUGCAGCUUUGCUGGUGUUUUCUCAGAGAGUAUUGAAGAGUUUACACCGUGGCUUAUCAAAUGUUGCAGUGAAUCGGAAUUGUCAAAGACCUUAUUUUUCUUGGUCUUACGGCAGUCAUAUAUGAUGCAAAAGAAUGCUUCACAUAAAAUUUUCACCAUGUAUGAAGCUUGUUAUGCAUUUCUUAAGGCAGAAUGGAGAAAUCUUGAGCUUGUUGAGAAUGUUCUUCGUGGUGAGGAGUUUACUUCUAAGAUCCUUGACUCAGAAGACAACCAGAUACUGGAGAAGUUUGAUGAAAACAAUCUCAAGAAUUUGAAUGCAAGGAUCCUGGUUUCCGUGUUUUGGAGGGCAAUCAAGACAUAUAUCUCGGUGGUACCAGCAAAUGUUGACAUGGAUGAUGAUGGAAAAUGGAUGUGUACAUUGCGUGAUCUUUAUGUCUUCUUUGCUGAAUCAAAUCUGAAGCAUGUCUUUGAUGAACAUAGAAGUUACAUUGUUCAAAACUGCAAGGUCUCUCCUGUCCAUUUCCUCUCAACCUUCAUUAGUGACCCAGGAGUCUCGUCCAGAGUGCAGGUUGAGAUUUUGCAUUCAGUUGCUUUGCUAUGUUCUCAGGCAGAUGAGGGUUCAGCUUUGCAGCAUUUGGCUGGAUUCCCUUUGAUUCUUGUUCCAUUGUCCAGUGAUAUCCAGGAUGUUAGGGCAGCAGCUAUGAAUUAUGUUGAAGAGCUUAGCACCCUGUGCUCCCGUGUAAAAUAUGCAGGCAAGAAAAAUGGAAGUAGUGACACUUGGAGUUCCUCCAUUGGUGAACUUUUGAGCUUGCUGGUACAGCAGAAGAAGCUGAUCGUGUCAGAUAUGGGUUUUCUUCCUUCAUUCAUGAUGUCGAUUCUAUCAUCAUCUUUCCAGAGUCUUCUUGUGCCACAGGAUGUUGGUCAGAAGUUAGACAAGGCAACCAUUGAGAGUACACUCACCUUCAUACUAGGAUCUGCUAUGCGAUUUUCUGGAUAUGCGAAGCUAAAAAUACUCUCACUUUUGAAAGAGUUGGGAGGCUCCAUUGUGCAGGUAAAGGAUGUUGAGUAUCUGCUGUGUGAACUUCUAAAGCGGCGUCACAAUUACCAUUUUAAGCUUGAUAAGUCACACCAGGAGUUGUCGAGCAUUGAUGUGGAUGUCCUCUGCCUUCUAAUUGAGAUAUGUUCCAUUCCCACAUCAUCAGAUGUACAUAUUGUUGAAGACCAUCUAGUACCAGCAUUGUGCACCAAAGGUUUAUUGCCAAAUGACGCUGCUGUAUUAAGGCCAUGUGUUGCAUUUUUGCAGAAUCUGAACGGAAACUUAUAUAGCAGUUUGAGUCCUGAGGCACAGGAAAAUCUUUUCCAGCAAUUAGUGCUUCUUUACCAUGACGCUAACCAUGAUGUGCAGAAUGCCACUAGAGAAGCGUUGCUGCGUUUGGAUGUUUCUUCUUCAACUGUUACCCGCAUUUUAAAUUAUAUCCUUGUAUCUGUAGGUGAUUUAGUUGGUUCCUCACACCAGAAAAAAAAAACUAAGAAGCAUAACUCUGAUUUAUUGCUAGGAGGUCAAAGUGCUCUUAGUUCUCUUAGCUCUCUUCUUGAUGUGCUUCUGUUAAAGAAAGACAUGGGAAACAAGUCCCUUCUUAUAGAGCCUCUUUUUCGGCUUCUUCGGAAAGCUUUCUCAAAUAAUUGGAUCCAUACAGUUAUCGAAGAGGGGUGGGUACCAGCUUCAUCAGGCAUCUCUCAAACCACAUCUAAUGCAUUAUCUUACAUUCAGCAGACAGUAUUGCUUAUCCUGGAGGAUAUUAUAGCUUCACUUCCCAAUGAUCCCUCACUGAACAAUGGGGUAUCUGAUAACUUUGAUGCUGCCCUGCUUGUUGAUUGUGCACAAGCUGCAACUGAUGUUGCUACCAGCAAUUAUGUUUAUUCACUAUUUGCUACAAUUGCAAAGGUUGAACCUGAUAAGGUUUUGCAUCAUAUUCCUGCAAUUCUUGCUGCUAUCGGUAAAUCUACUGUUAAUCAUGAUGAUAGUCAUUCAAAACGUGUAUUUGAAGGUUUUAUUUCAACUGUUGUUCCUUGCUGGUUAUCUGAGAUGGACGGUGCAGACAAAUUGCUUCAGAUCUUUAUAAAAGAAAUGCCUGGCGUUGCUCAGCAUCGAAGGCUGUCAAUCAUUCUUCACUUGCUAAGGACUCUUGGAGAAAGCAGUAGUAUGGGUCCAUUGCUAGUCCUUCUUUUCCGUUCAUUGGUUUCAAAAGAGAGAUUUUCUUCUCUUCACCAAGAGAGAGACACUUCUGACUUCAUAAGUUCUAUAAUUCAAACAGAAUGGGAGUAUAACUUUGCUGAGCAAAUAUGUGAACAGUAUACAUGUAUGAUAUGGCUCCCAUCACUUGUGUCACUGCUGGAGCAAUUGCAGGGAGGUAGUCCUGACAUUAAGCAUUAUAUGAUAUUGCUGUUUGCCUUGAAAUUUGUUCUGGGGAAGCUGCAAGAUCCUGAAGUUGUCUUUAAACUUCAGUCCAGGGAAGAUAUGGACACAAUCCAGGGAGUACUCUCUGAACUCAUGGUUCAGGUUGUCUAUUGCUGGCAACUUGUUGACUUAAAUAAAAAGAGGACAUCACUUCCAGUCAUUUGGAAGAAAGAGCUUAAGGAAAUUGUCCUUGCUGUAUUAAUGAAGAUAACAAACAAAAUGCUUCCGGCAGCCUUUUUCCAAGGCAUCGUCAGUUUGUUGGUUCACGCUGACAAAGGUGGAAGGAAGAAGGCCCUUCAAGUUCUGUCUAAAUCUGUGAGAGACCUUGAUAUUCUCAGAUCUAGAAGAGAUAGAGAGCAAAAUGUGCACCUGAGAGACUCUUGGCAUCGUCUUGAUGGAAUUGAUUUAGACUCCUUUGCUGCACUUUGUUUAGAGAUCUUGCAGUUAGUUGAUUGUACUGAUGAUGAUUUUGAUGUUUCUGUCAGACUGGCGGCAAUUUCAGCGCUCGAAGUUUUAGCCAGCAAAUUUCCUUUUAAUCACACAGUUUUCAGCAAAUGCCUAGCUAGUGUUGUGAAAAAUGUGUUAUCUAGUAAUCUUGCUGUGGGUUCUUCUUGCCUACGGACAUCCGGUGCAUUAAUUAAUGUCCUCGGGCCAAGGGCACUUCCUGAGCUUCCUGAAAUCAUGAAAAAUGUUCUGCAGAGGACCCGGGAAGCAUCUCCGUCAUCAUUAGCACACAAAGAAUUUUCUGAGGACAAUAGUAGCCAGCCAUUGAAGGAUGGGCUUAUGCUAUCGAUACUAGUCAACUUGGAGGCACUUGUAGAGAAUCUUGGUGCUUUUUUAAACCCCUACCUUGGUGAUAUUAUUGAAGUUUUAGUGCUGCAUGAAGAGUAUGUAUCAGAGUCCAAUCCAAAAUUAAAAUCCAAGGCUGAUAAUGUAAGAAGACUACUCAGUGAGAAAGUUCCUGUCAGGUUAGCACUACCUGCCCUGCAGAAUGUGUACUCAAAAGCUGUUGGUGCAGGGGAUUUGAGCCUAUCCACAGUUUUUGAGUUGCUCAAUAACUUUGUUAGUAUAAUGGACAAAUCAUCAGUGAGCGGUUACCAUGCAAACAUCUUCGACCUCUGUAUGCUGGCUCUUGAUCUUCGCAGUCAAUACCUUGCUUCAAUUAAGGAUAUUAGCUUCGUGGAGAAACAUGUAAUCGAUGCUAUAAUUUCUUUGACGAUGAAGAUGACAGAGACUAUGUUCAAGCCUCUCUUCAUUAGGAGUAUUGAAUGGGUUGAGUCGAACUUGGGAGAAGAUAAUAAUACAGGAAGAAGUGUCAGAAGGGCAGUUUCAUUUUAUGGCCUGGUCAAUAAGCUCGCUGAAAAUCACCGAUCACUGUUUGUGCCAUAUUUCAAAUACCUGUUUGAGGGAUCUAUUUCCUAUCUUACUGAUGAUGGUGCCAAGAGUCUUCAUUCAAGGAAGAAAAAGAAGACCAAACAUCAGAAUUCUGCAAGCAGAAAGGAUGAGGCAGUGGAUGCCUUGUCCCUUGACAAAUGGCAUCUCAGGGCUUUGGUCUUGUCAUCUCUGCAUAAAUGUUUUCGUUAUGAUACUGGGAGUGUCAAAUUUCUGGACUCUUCAAAAUUCCAACUGCUGUUGAAGCCCAUUGUCUCACAGCUUAUUGUGGAACCACCGGCUCAUAUCAACAAUCAUUCAGAUAUCCCAUCUCUGGAGGAAGUAGAUGACAUAUUGGUUUCUUGUCUUGGUCAGAUGGCUGUAGCAGCAGGCUCUGAUCUUCUGUGGAAGCCCCUAAACUAUGAGGUAUUGAUGCAAACCCGGAGUGAAAUGGUGCGGUCCCGUCUUUUGGGCCUGAGAGUUGUCAAAUACCUGAUUGAGAAUUUGAAGGAGGAGUAUCUGGUGUUAUUGGCUGAAACAAUUCCUUUCCUUGCUGAGUUGCUGGAGGAUGUGGAGUUACCUGUUAAGACACUCGCACAAGAGAUACUUAAAGAAUUGGAGUCUAUGAGUGGCGAGAACCUUCGUGAAUACUUUUAAUCACAUGUUAUUGUUACCAGGCGAAUUUGUGCGAGUUGAUGCCUUAUAAAAUGAGUAGGGAAGGCUGAAGAACUUUUUUGGUAACUUGUGUUAUCUUUGUGUUCCAACAUUCACCAAAGGGUUGGACUCGGUGAUUUAUAGCCAUUUUUGUAACGAUUUUCUUUCCCAUGUUCUCUGUAAACAAACAUAUUAUUCCAGCUCUAUUUAUUAAUUAAAUUUCCUAACCAUGCUGGAUUUUUUCGAGUUCGUAGGGCAAACUCCAGUCUAUAGAUAAUUUAAUCUCUCAUUUGAUUUUUUUUA